AGCGCUGGCUAAUGACUUAUGCGAGCUUCUUAUCUGUGCUCUAAACAUUCUAACAUUUGACAUGGAUGCUAACGUAACGAUUAUUAAAAAUCGGCUUUCUACUCGCGAGGGAUCGGACUCGUUGGGGAUAUCUAUCCGUAUAACCAUCGUUAUCGUGUUAUUUAUCGCCGCAGUUUUGGGCAACGGCAUUGUGUUAAUUCUGUUGAAACGUUUCAAAUCCCUUCGUACAGCCCCUAACAUCUUAAUAGCUAAUCUCGCGUUCGUCGACUUGUUAAACGUGACGAUAAAUUUGCCAACAGUUUUGACGAUGACAAAUAACCCCGAGAAGAGUGUCAUCAAAGGAAGAGUCGUCUCUGUGCUAGUUCACUCGUUGCAGUACGCGUUUGUCUUACUCAACCUGUUUGAUAUGACGCUAAUGAUGCUGGACCGCUACUUUGUUAUCAAGCUAGGCCUGCAAUAUAAGGUGUGGUCGACGACAGACAAUGCCUUCAAAGCUGUACUAGGCAUUUGGCUGUUAACCCUCUUUAUCAUGAUCCCUUGGUCUCUUGCCCUUUCUAAGAUAGACCUGGGGGACGAACCAGCCCUGGUCUACCGUCUAGUCUACUACUCCGUGAUCGGGGACUUUAACAUGGUAGCGAGAAUGUUGUUCAAUGUGGAGUUCUUGAUUAUGGCUUUUGUUACGUGGUAUAGCUUGAGAAGUCAGAACAAAGUCUAUGAGAGGAAUCUAUCGAUGGGUAAAGAUGUGCAGGGAAAAAGACAAGUCAACACGCGUCGCCGAGCAGAAGUACAUGCAGCCAUCACUGUCUGUAUGACCGUCUCUGCAUACGUGAUCUCGUGUGCUCCCCUCUUCGUCCUAGGCAUCAUGUACAAGGGUAGAGCCGUAGAUUUCCUCACGAACGAGUACCUCCGAUGGUUUUGCGCCAUCGGGAUAUACAUCUCCAGUAUGUGUAAUCCGUUCAUUUACAUGACAAGGUGCCAUCGUUUCAACCUGGCCUUGAGGUUGUUCUUGAAAGAUCCGCUUGGGGCGAGUGAGCCAGGAGAGAAAGAGGCUGCGAAUAAGCGAAAAAAUGUUCGGGUUGCACCGACAAGCGAGGCCACCCCAAACACCGUCAGCACCACUGUUGAAGAGCAGACUCCAUCUAAUGGAGUCCAAGCAAACCUUGAAACAAUGGGUGAAGAGAUAAGUAUGAAUACAGGCUCACGGGUAGCGAAAGAAGAAGCUCCUGAACGGAAUUAUGACUGGGCUCUAGCCUCCCCUCGCCCGGACAUUUAGGCUAUAUAUAUAGCUCAUCAAGCAAGAGGACCAGAGUUCGAACCCAGGGAAGGUCAACUCGGCAUUUUUUUAGAGUUGUAAAAAGCCUAGCAUUUUACCUUGCAGCGCCGUAGCCAGGAUUUUAACAGGACCCUUCCUGUUAAAAGAGACUUUCAAGGCAUUUUCUCCUGUAUUUUAGAUAUUAUCUUAUACAUUUACUGUAUUUUUGGCUGCUAAAAGGGUGGGCCCUAGGCCACCCCCUGGCUACGCCCCUACCUUGGGAACUGUAAAUCCCUCGUCUCUUCUGAUAAAGACGUAAAGCAGGAGAUCCCGUCUCUCACCGCACAUCAUUCACCUGUAUUGGUGGACGUAAAAGAACCGCUGAGGACACUCGCCCGUGGUGCCAUGUUCAUUGACAGUAUAUACAUACUACCCCGCACACAUAAUUGUAAACCCGCAGAAGGUAUCAAUACACAUAUGAAGCGCAUUUAAUUCAAGUUUAGCUCGUAGUCAAGGAUGUAUCAACGCGCGUGUAUCAACGCGCGUGUAUCAAGGCGCGAGGGAACGGGCGCGGAUGUCCCCAAACCUAAUGUCAGUAGUCGGUGGUGUACUAACCUUUAAGGGGUCAUUCUAUUUUGUUUUGAAUAGAAAAUCAGAUUUGCAUUUGUUUAGCUUAGUUAUUGUAGCUUAGUUAUUGAACAUGCACUAUUGGCAUACUCUAUAACCUGAUGCCCAAUAUGCAAUAAACAGUCAAGCGCU